AUGGCCAGCGUGGACAGGGGAGAGCCAAGGGUGGCCCGAGGGGAGCCGCAGACCGUGGAGCAGGACUGGCACUGGUGGAUUUUUGUCAACCGCAGCCUGGCACUGGGGAAUAUCUGCUGCUUCGGCUUUGACAUGGACUACACUCUGGCUGCCUACAAGUCCCCGGCCUACGAGAUGCUGACCUUCGAGCUGCUGCUGGAGCGUCUGGUGUGCAUCGGAUACCCGCAUGAGAUCCUGCGCUACUCCUACGACCCCACCUUCCCCACCAGGGGACUGGUGUUUGAUGCUCUCUACGGAAACCUGCUGAAGGUGGAUGCCCACGGGAACGUGCUGCUGGGCACCCAAGGCUUUACCUUCCUCUCGGAGGCAGAGAUAUGGGGCUUCUACCCCAGCAAGUUCAUUCAGAGGGACGCUGCGCGUUUCCAUGUUCUCAACACACUCUUCAACCUGCCGGAAACCUACCUGUACGCCUGCCUGGUGGACUUCUCUGGCUGCUCCCGAUAUAUCAACUGUGACACUGGCUAUCAGCAUGGGAACCUCUUCAUGUCCUUCUGAAGCCUCUUCCAGGAUGUGACAGAUGCCAUGGAUAAUGUCCAUCAGUCGCUCUGCUCCCUCCUGCGGGGCUGUCUCAAGGAGAAGACCCUGGAGAACUUGGAGAAGUAUGUGGAGAAGGAUGUGAGUGGCCACAGACCAGGGGGAAUCCCCAUCCUGCUGGGCAAGAUGAAGGAGGUUGGGAAAGUGUUCCUGGCCACCAACAGCAGCUACAACUACACUGAUGCCAUCAUGACCUACCUGUUUGGCACUGGUGAGGCCGGGGCCACAGCCAGGCCCUGGAGUUCCUACUUUGACCUGAUUGUGGUGGACAUGCAGAAGCCACGUUUCUUUGCGGAGGGAACGGUGCUGAGACAGGUCAACACGGACUCAGACAAACUCCGCGUCGACACCUACACCGGGCCCCACCAGCACUGUGCCAUCUACUCUGGAUGCUCAUCGGAUGUGGUAUGCAAAUUGCUCGGGGUGCGGGGGAAGGACAUCCUGUACAUUGGUGACCACAUCUUGGUGGACAUCCUCAAGUCCAAGAAGCGGCAGGGCUGGUGGACUUGCCUGGUGGUUCCUGAGCUGUCCCGGGAGCUGGGCAUCUGGAUCCAAGAGAAGGAGAGAAUGGAGGAGCUGAAGAGGCUGGAUGUGCACCUGGCUGACCUGUACCAGCACAUGGAUGGAAGCAGUUAUGACCUUCAACUCCUCAACUCCACCAAGAGAGAGAUUUGGAGAGUCACCCGGGAGCUGGACCUGAGCUAUAGCACGAUGGGCAGCCUGUUCCGCUGUGGCUUCCGCCAGAUGCUCUUCUCCAGCCAGCUGAUGCGCUACGCUGACCUCUAUACAGCCACCUGCCUCAACUUCCUGCACCACCCGCUCAGCUCGCUGUUCCGGGCGCCCCAGGAGCUGGCUGAAGGCCAAGAGAGAGACGAGGACCAGGAGGGCUGCCUGGGGGCUGCGUGAGUCCUGGACACGGGCUGGCAUCAGUGUCAUCUUCUACUUGAGACAUUUUCCAGAUAAGUGGUUUCAGGAACAAUAUGGAAGAUGGAAAAAGCAAACAUGUUGAAAUCUCCUAAGAGUAACAGUUUGGGAGCCCAGGAACACUUCUUUUAGGGAGGAGGGUGUAUUGCUCUCAUCCUGGGAGCCAUUCCACCUCCCCCAAACCCCUGCCGCCACCCCGCUCUGUGCCAUUGGGAAAUGUGUGUAAUAAGUGGAAUGAUUUUACCUGUUCCCUGAGCGUAUCGUUUCACCGCCAAUUUCUAUUCAUUUCUUUCUUUCUUUUUUGUCUUUUCUUUUUAGCCACACCCA